AGAGGGCGUGGCUUCCAAGUGGUAACGGAAGUAGUGAAGCAUCACGGGAAAACACGUGUGGAGCUGUACUGGAGCAUCGCACGAAAACCCAGUCGGUUGAUGUUUUCAUCUAGCUCUUCCAAAUAUUCACCAUGACCUCCAAAAACACUGUAAGCGGUGACGACCGCUUCUCAAAGGUCCAGAAGGACCCUCGCUUCUGGGAGAUGCCCAGCAGAGAACGCAAAGUCAAAAUCGACAAGCGUUUCAAGUCCAUGUUUCAUGACAAACGCUUUAAACUGACGUAUACAGUCGAUAAACGCGGCCGACCCGUCAACCAGACGUCCACCGAGGACCUCAAGCGCUUCUACAAGCUCUCUGACUCCGAGCAGUCAGACGAAGAAGAGGCGAACGAGAAGACGGAAAAGCCCAAGAGGGAAAAGAAAGUGAAAAAGGCUGAUGAGGAACCUCAAGUUGAGGAUGAAGAAGAGAGCGAUGAAUCUGAAGAGGAGGAAGAAGCCGAGAAGAUCCCGAAGCCAAAAGAAGCUACGCAAACUAAAGAGCCGCUGGUAAAGGGAGUGAGAGUUUUUGAAGAAGAUGAGGAUGAGGAAUAUGGUGUUGAAGAGGAUGAGGAAGAGGGUCCUUCUGAAGAUGAGGAUGAAGAGGCUGAUGAAGAUGACGAGAGUGAGUCAGGUGAAGACGGUGACAGUGGACCCGAUCUGGCCCGAGGGAAGGGUAACAUUGAGACCAGCUCUGAUGAAGAUGAUGAUGAUGAUGAGUUGGAGGACUAUCUUCGUCACGAGGAAGAGGAGAUUGAGCAUGACUGGGGAGAGAUGUGGAAAGAUGCUCCACGCAGUGACAACUCUUCACGGCGGUUGGCGGUUUGUAACUUGAACUGGGACAGACUGAAAGCUAAAGAUCUUCUGGCUCUCUUCAAUUCGUUUAAGCCCAAAGGAGGCGUGGUGCUGUCUGUGAUGAUCUAUCCGUCUGAGUUCGGGAAGGAGAGGAUGAGUGCAGAACAGACUCAGGGUCCGCAGGAGCUCACCGGCCUCCCGGAGAACCCUGACGCCGACACAGAGGAGCAAAGGAUCUACCGAGAGAAAGUGCGUGACUAUCAGUUCAAGCGUCUGAGGUAUUACUACGCCGUGGUGGAGUGUGACUCUGUCGAAACGGCAACAAAGAUUUACGAGGAGUGUGACGGCUAUGAGUACGAGAGCAGCUGCUCGAUGAUCGACCUGCGGUUUAUCCCUGAUGACGUGACGUUUGACGACGAGCCGAAAGACCGAGCCACUGAUGUGGAUUACAGUUCCUACAAGCCCAAACUCUUCACAUCGACAGCCACCACCACAGCCAAGGUGGAGCUGACGUGGGAUGAAACGGAUCACGACCGGGUCACGGCUCUCUGCAGGAAGUUCAAUAAAGAUGACCUGUUGGACAAUGACUUCAAGGCUUACCUGGCCUCCUCCAGUGAGGAAGAAGAGGAUGAGGAAGAGGCAGAAGAACAGAUAUCCGCUGAGAAGCCCGCUGAGCCUCUUCCUGAGGAGAUCAAGGGCAGUAAAGGGAAGAGGAGCGCAGAGCAGAUCGCUAAAUACAGAGAACUACUGAAGAGCUUUCAGGACAAAGACAAGGAGAAGGAUGACAGCAUGGAUAUGGAAGUCACAUGGGUACCAGGACUGAAGGAAACAACUGAGAAGCUUGUGAAGAAGAAAAUGGAGGGCAAAGAUCAGCUGACUCCGUGGGAGCAGUACCUGCAGAAGAGAAAGGAGAAAAAGAAAGAGAAAAGGAAAGGAAAGCAGGAAGCGAUGGAGGCGGAGCCUGCGAUCAGUGAUGAUGAACUUCCCGCUGAUGUUGACUUUAAUGACCCCUUCUUCAAAGAAGAGCUCGGCUCGACAGCAUCCCUGAAAAAUAAAAAGAACAAGAAGAACAGCAAGAAGGAUGAGGAGAGGACACCAGAAGAGCUGGAACGACAGAGGGCUGAGAUGGAGCUGCUGAUGGACGACGAUGAAGACGACAAGCACAAACAUUUCAACUACGACAAGAUCGUAGAGCAGCAGAACCUGAGCAAGAAGAAGAGAAAGAAACUCCUGAAGAGCAACACGCCACUGGAGGAGGACGACUUCCAGGUGGACGUUCAAGACCCGCGUUUCCAGGCUAUGUUCACGUCCCAUCUUUACAACCUGGACCCGUGCGACCCAGGCUACAAGAAAACCAAAGCAACGCAGAGCAUCUUAGAGGAGAAACAGAGACGCAGAGAGGAGCGACAGCACAGCCAGGAGGAGGCGCUGAAGAGCAGAGCCGCGCAGGAGAAGGACAAAGCAGAGACGCCGUCAUCCUCCACUAAAGCCAUGGACCCCAGUUUAUCACUGCUUAUCAAAUCCAUCAAGAACAAAACUGAACAGUUUCAAGCGCGCAAGAAACAAAAGACAAAAUGACUCUGAUAACAAGAGACGAGUCUGAAGUGGAUUCAUUGCUGAUUUAUAUAACAGGGUUAGUUUUCUGGAGUCACUUUUGUGACUAAUUUGUGCUUGGAGACAAAAUGAGAAGUUUUUGAUCAAUAAAUAUCAUACUUUCUCCUAGUUCAAAAUUGUGAAAACAUGUCUGCUUCAGACUUUUGUAAUUGACCUGCCAUUUUUUGGAUGAAAACAUUAAGGGUUUGUUUCCACUGUACACAAAAUCUCAUUGUACUCGUUUUGCUUGAUGAAAUGGUUCAGAACGGUGUAUCUAUGCUUCCCAAACCUGUCCUCCAGGAAGCCAAACUCUCCAUUAUUUGUAUGACCCCCUCAUCUAACACACCUGAUUGAACUCGUUAGCUCAUUAGUAGAGACUGCAAGAGCUGAAUUUGACCCGCUGGAAUUUGAGGCUAAGUGUAUCCCAUCAUUCAUCAUGUGCUCUAAAAUCAUGAGAUUUAAGGAAACUUUCCAGUGUAAGUUAAAUUAAUUAGAUAUUACAUAUACUUUUGUAAGUAAAAUGCGAAGUGUGGCAUAUUUUAUUGGCGCAGAGAUGAGCAUGUGUACGUCUUAAAAUGCUAUUUUGAGUCCAAAGUAGGUCAUAAGUGUGAUUUGUGUCGAUCCAGUAAGUUUUUUUCAAAAUUGAAAAAGAGGAGGUGGGUUUGCAAGGAGUCACUCGCAAUGAAAUGAGAACCAUGUUUUGUCAUCAAAAAAGAAAAAAAGAAAAAUUUGUUUGAAAAAAAAU